GCCGAAGAGCCGGUCCCUCUGCUCCCCGCGCCAGCGGGCACCCAGGUGGAGCCGCUGAAUUUAUGAUUCUGGUUGCCAUUCCCCGCCCACCUCCUUUGUUGCUGGCGCCUGUAGCGGCCGUUUGAGGAGAAGGGCUGAGCUGCUUGUAUCUGCCUAAGGCGCCGCCGCUGCUGCCUGGGAGCUUCCGUUAGCCCGGCUGCUGCCUGCGGGCAAGCGCUCAGGAAUCUCCUUGGGGCCCAGAAGAUGCCAUUGGAAUGCAUAUGGGUAAACAAUGACUCUUGCCUUUCUCGCCCAUGUCUUCCAAUACACUUUCUUAAUUCCCUUUGGAUGGUGUUCUAACUGAAUAGACACAAAACAACAUCUGUCUCUGGGAUCAUGAGUGAAGAAAAGAGCUUGGGUGUGUCCCAGAAAGUGUUGUCACCUUCAAGAAGUACCAGCAGUUGCUCCUCUAAGCAGGGAAGUCGACAGGACAGCUGGGAAGUUGUAGAAGGACUGCGAGGAGUCAUGAAUUAUACCCAGGAACCACAAAAACAGGAAGGCUACCUGCUGAAAAAGAGGAAAUGGCCACUGAAAGGCUGGCACAAGAGAUACUUCUUCUUGGACAGAGGAAUUUUGAAGUAUGCCAAGUGUCAAGCUGAUGUAGAGAGAGAGAAGUUGCAUGGCUGCAUUGAUGUUGGACUUUCAGUGAUGUCUGUAAAGAAAUCAACAAAAUGUAUAGAUUUAGAUACCGAAGAAUACAUAUACCAUUUAAAGGUGAAAUCUCAGGAACUGUUUGACGAAUGGGUAGCAAAACUGCGGCACCACAGAAUGUAUCGUCAAAAUGAAAUUGCCAUGUUUCCACACAAUAUCAAUAAUCAUUUCUUCCCAGCGUCCUCUACCGCAGACUCUGUACCCGGUGUGUUCGACUCUGUCUCAAGUAGAAAGGCAGGCAGCAUGACAAAACAGAAUUCAUUGCGAAUUGGAAGUAGCUUACAGUUUUCCUGUCCAAGUAGUGAGUCCAGGAUUCCCCCUUGGCUACAGUCUUCUGAGGAUAUGGAAAAAUGCUCAAAAGAUCUCUCGUAUUGUCACACAUAUUUAAUGGAAAUGAGCCAGCUGUUACAGAGCAUGGAAGUUCUCCAUAGGACAUGUUCAGCACCUGCUAUAAAUGCCAUGCAGUGUGGAUCUUUUGAAAGUCCAAAAAAGGAAAAAAGAACUCACAGGAGGUGGCGGUCUAGAGUUAUUGGGAAAGAUGCUAAAGGAAUGUUGCAGGUACCUACAGUAUUUUCUGCCCCCAUGCGACUGCAUGCUUCCAAUCCUAAUUUAUCUACAAUAGAUUUUGGGGAAGAGAAAAAUUACUCUGAUGGCUCUGAAACAUCAGAAUUUUCUAAAAUGCAAGAAGACUUGUGUCACAUUGCACAUAAAGCUUACUUCACCUUAAAGUCGGCUUUUAGUACAAUCUCGGUUGAAAGAGAGAAACUGAAGCAGCUGCUGGAACAUGAUGCAGCCUCAUCUCCAUCUGCACAAAUAGCUGGGUUGAAGAAUGCCUUAUCAUCCGCCAUAGCACAAAACACAGAUCUUAAAGACCGGUUACGCAGAAUACAUGCCGAGUCUAUGCUCCUUGAUUCAGCAGCUAAUGCAAAAUCAAGUCCUGAUUUGGUGAAGGAAAAUUCAAGAGAAGGAAGUCGAAGCCUGGUUCACCAGCUCUCCAAUGAAAGUAGGCUGUCUGUCACAGACUCUCUCUCGGAGUUUUUUGAUGCUCAAGAAGUCCUGCUGUCUGCAAGUUCUUCAGAAAACGAGGUAUCGGAUGAUGACUCAUAUGCCAGUGAUCUAAGUGAUAACAUCUCUGAGGAUAACCUAAGUAACGACAUUGAGAAUGAAAGGCAAACUUUGGAUUGCAUUGCUGAAAGUGGGAUGGGAAGCCAUUCCAAGCGGAGAACGUGUUUGCCGGCUCCAUGUCCUAACACCAGUAACAUCAGCCUAUGGAAUAUCCUGAGAAACAAUAUAGGGAAGGAUCUCUCCAAGGUGGCUAUGCCUGUUGAGUUAAAUGAGCCACUUAACACUCUACAGCGACUUUGUGAAGAACUGGAAUACAGCGAGCUACUGGAUAAAGCAGCACAUACCCCGAAUUCAUUUGAAAGGAUGGUGUACGUGGCUGCUUUUGCAGCAUCUGCAUAUGCAUCCAGUUACUACAGGGCUGGGAGUAAGCCAUUUAAUCCAGUGCUUGGAGAAACCUAUGAAUGUGUUCGGGAAGAUAAGGGCUUCCAAUUUUUUUCAGAACAGGUCAGUCAUCACCCACCAAUAUCUGCAUGUCAUGCUGAAUCUGUGAAUUUUGCUUUUUGGCAAGAUGUGAGAUGGAAAAACAAAUUCUGGGGAAAGUCCAUGGAAAUCGUUCCAAUUGGUACAACACAUGUAACUCUGCCAGCUUUCAGAGACCAUUUUGAGUGGAAUAAGGUGACUUCUUGUAUCCAUAACAUCUUAAGUGGGCAAAGAUGGAUUGAACACUAUGGAGAGAUCAUCAUCAAAAACCUGAAUGAUGACACUUGUCUCUGCAAACUGACUUUCAUAAAGGCAAAAUAUUGGAAUCCUAAUAUGCAUGAGAUUGAAGGCAGCGUCAUAGACAGAGAUGGGAAAGUAGUGCAUCGGCUUUUUGGGAAAUGGCACGAGAGUAUAUACUGUGGGACCCCGUCUUCACCAACCUGCAUAUGGCGAGCAAAUCCCAUGCCUAAAGAUUAUGAGCAGUGUUAUGGAUUUACACAGUUUGCAUUAGAGUUAAAUGAACUGGACCCACAGACUAGGCCAUUCCUACCACCUACUGACACACGAUUUAGGCCAGACCAAAGGUUUUUAGAGGAAGGGAAUAUUGAAGGAGCUGAAAUGCAAAAGCAGAGGAUUGAACAGUUGCAGAGAGAACGGCGAAAGGUUCUAGAAGAAAACAACCUGGAGCAUCAACCUAGAUUUUUCAGGAAAUCCACAGAUGACUCCUGGGUGAGCAAUGGAACAUACAUGGAUCUUAGAAAAGACCCUGGUUUUUCCAGACUGGACAAUCCUGUUCUCUGGUGAAAGAGGACCUUAGAAGAUGCUCAUCUGUAUUUCUGAUUUAUGUGUGUGUACCGCUUCAUACAUUGUGUACCUUCUAGAAUUGUGCUUAAUUUAGAAUUUGACAUAUGUAUUUUCCUCAUUUGAUUUCUUUAUUAUUUGAUUGUUACCAUGAUUGUCUGAAUGUAUUAAAAAAAAAAACCUGUUUUUUAUAAACUAUUUAAUAAAAUAAACAUUAUUGAAUGUUAAUGGCUGAGGAGGGGAGAAAAAGAAGCUUUAACACUACUUUUCCAAAGGGUAAUAAUGCAGGUUCAGAUUUAAUGUAUGCCUUAUUGAAUUACAAAGGAAAAAUAUCAGCGUCUCCUGACUGUGCUAAGAAACAUGAAUGGAAGCCAUGGUUACAUUAACUUUAAGUGGGCUACCAAGGUUGGAAUGAGUAGUUCAGCUGUCUCUUGCCUCAGACAGCUUUUAAUUACUGAAACAAAGCAAGUCUGCUGGUGCUGGAGUCUGAGUAACCUUUUUAUUUUUUUCUGUAGAAAUUAAAUAAAUUCCUGUUUUUAUUUGCCUGUCACUAGCCUAUUAAAAGAGGUAAUAGUGAGCUUGUAUUUGUGAUUCUACUGCCUUACUUAGACAAUUUUACCCUGCUACUCAUAACACUAGAAGAUCAGGAAUCACCACCAAAUCUUCUCACCAGGAAUCUUCAAAUUCACAGCCCCAAAAAGGGCUUGAAGCACUGGUUAAUGCUUGAGCACUGACCGGAUGAAAGAAGAGCUUUCUCUGUUUUCCAGUAAGUAAAAUCGACAUAGAGCACGAAAUCUUAUGCUUCCGUAGCUGGACUUCUUUUAUUUAUCUAAAAAAAUCACAACAGGGAUAUUUUUAAAAACUUAGUAAAGUAAAUUAUUGUGUUAAAGUAACAGAUGUUUUCUUAAAUACAUUUUUGAUAUAUUCUACCUCUUAUUAUAAGCAGCGUAUUUAAGAUCUUUUAUUAAAAAAAAACCCAUCUGCCUUAUAAUUACAUGUAUGGAAUCUUUGAUCUUCCUUUAACAGCUUGUUGUGUUCAGAUAAAUAUUUAAGUGUCUUGCACUAAAUUGGUUGUAUCUCUUUUCUGUACUCUUUGUACAUAUAGGUAUUAUUUUCAUGCAUAUCAGAAGUAUGUAUCAAACUACUGCAGAAAAUAGAUGUAUAGAAAAUUACACAUUUGAGUGGAGGUGGUGGGGUGUUCCCUCUUCCCUCAAAAUCAAAGUAAUACAGUAGCACAUGUAGCAAAACAAAUUGUACUCUCAAAGCAAUUUACGUUACUGGCCAAACUAGAACCCAAGCCUGAUCCACAUCAUCUAGGUCUAUUGCAUGCAAAUCCUGCGCAAGACUCUCUGUGGUAACAACACUGAGAGGUUUCCACUGGUUUAAAUUUCCAAAAUAAAAAAAAUUUAAAUUAGUGGAGGUUUUGAGAUCGUAUAAAUUAAAACAUGAGUGAAUCAAAAGUUAUGUUUAACCGGUUUAUUACUGGUGUAAGUUGCAGCUAAGGGAGAUGAAGACUUAAGAGAGAUCAACAUCUUUGAAAAACUUCCAAUGUACUGUGUUCCGAUGCGGUCUUAAAGAAAGCCCUUUAAAUAUUGGACCUGUUUACUGCAAGUUUAUUGUAUCACGUAUAACAUUAAACAAGUGCUAUAAAAGUUGCAUUUUAAAACUUC